GACUAAUAAACAACAAAAAGCAUUUGCUUUCUAUGCCCACCGCUCCUCUAUUUUCCAUUCUCUCCUUCAAAAGAAAAAAGGAAAAAGAAAGAAAAUUUCUCGCACUCACAGUCUCCCACUAGCGCACAGCUCGAUUCGAUCCGAACUGAAUCGAUGCCCUAAUUUUUGAUUUUGGACUUCUCUCUCUCUCUCUCUCUCUCUGAGCCAUCCAGAGGAGGAAUUCCAAUUUCCAAUAGAGAAUAGAGAGAGAAUGGAUCACUCGUUCUUGCUGAUGCUGUCGAACCUACUCCACCUCCAAAAUUCCCUCGACCCCACCACUUCCUUCCUCUCCUCUUCCUCCUCCUCCACCACCACUUCCUCCGCCACCGGCACCGCAACCUCCCCCACCUCCUCUGGCUCCCCUACCUGCCUCCUCUCCUCCUCCUCCUCCGCCGCCCCUCUCCUCUUCUUCACCAUCGCCUCCGUCCUCUCCUUCCUUGCCUCCUCUCGCCCCAAAACCACCCCUUCUUCCCCUCGUCCUGUUCCCCCUCAAUCCUCCAACGCCUCCGCCUCGGCCGCCGAUUUCUCCGUUUCGGCCUUUCGCGCUCUCUCCACCGAACACAUCUGGUCCCUCGAGGCCCCUCUCCGCGACGCCCAGUGGCGGUCCCUCUACGGGCUCUCCUACCCGGUUUUCACCACCGUCGUUGACAAGCUCAAGCCCCACAUCGCUCUCUCCAAUCUCUCUCUUCCUUCCGAUUAUGCCGUCGCCAUGGUCCUGUCCCGACUCUCCCAUGGUUUCUCUGCCAAAACCCUUGCUUCCCGCUACUCACUAGAGCCUUACCUCAUCUCCAAGAUCACCAACAUGGUCACCCGCCUCCUGGCCACCAAGCUGUAUCCGGAAUUCAUCAAAAUCCCCGUUAGCCGUAGGCGGUUGAUCGAGACCACGCAGGCUUUCGAGGAGCUUACCUCGCUUCCCAAUAUGUGUGGAGCCAUCGAUGGAAGCCCCAUCAAGCUCCAUAGCCUCCCCAUUGAUCCUAAUCUGGCUGCAAAUUACAAAUGCCGAUAUGGGUACUCCUCAGUUCAGCUUCAGGUUGUGGCUGACCACAAGAAAAUCUUCUGGGACGUUUGCGUCAAGGCGCCCGGUGCGACCGAUGACGCCACGCAUUUUAGGGAUAGUCUGUUGUAUAAUAGGCUUACUUCCGGGGACAUUGUGUGGGAAAAGGUUAUCAACGUUAGGGGGCACAAUGUUCGGCCUUACAUCGUUGGGGAUUGGAGCUAUCCGUUGAUGUCAUUUUUGCUAACACCCUUCUCGCCAAACGGAAUGGGCGCGCCCGCCCAGAACUUGUUUGAUGGAAUGCUGAUGAAGGGGCGUUCCGUGGUGGUUGAGGCAAUUGGGCUGCUUAAGGGCAGGUGGAAGAUCCUCCAAGAUUUGAAUGUAGGACUCAGUCAUGCGCCACAGACGAUUGUUGCUUGUUGUGUGUUGCAUAAUUUGUGUCAGAUUGCAAGGGAGCCAGAGCCGGAGGAGCUUUGGAAGGAGCCGGAUGAGAGCGGGACUCCACCAAGGGUUCUCGACGGUGAGAAGUCAUUUUAUUAUCAUGGAGAGAGCUUGAGGCAGGUAUUAGCUGAUGACUUGCACCAAAGACUUUCUUCAAGAUAGGACGAUUAGAUGGUCUUGAGAAAUGGAUCUUACUGUGAACACCUUCACCUCUAUGCGACGUUGUAGUUUUCUCCAGCUACUAAUGCGUUUAAGACGUUAUGUGUUUUCUUUGUUGCCCUUUGACCUUUUUAGUGUGCAUUAGAAGUAGAUUUUGGCUCCAUUCUACUAGAUGGGAUAGACUGAUUUGGUAAUGAAAUCUGAACACUGGAGACUACUGAAACUGAAUUAGAAUGUGCCACCGCACAACCAUCAUAUCAUAUGUAGGAACGGUUGAUUUAUUAUAUUGCAAUCUUAUGGUCAUUAUGAUUUUA